AUCCCUUUUAGGGUUUUACUACCAACUCUUCUCAAUCUGCAGAGGAAAAUGGAGACUUCUCUCAGAUACGGCGGAGAUUCCACCGCCCUCAGAGUCAAUACAAACAAGAAGCCUCCUACAGUCAGGUACGCCGGUGAUGCCAGCGCCCUCAAAAUCCAUGCUAAGCAGAAGUUCCGGAUCGAUUCCAACACUCGACUUCAGCUUAAUGGAGAACUUGAUACAAGGAUCGGGGCUCCAACAUUUUUCAGCGCACUCCUUAGAUACUUCCCGCCUGAACUUUCAGCAACAGUUGGAGUCGGAUUGCAGUAUGAUAGACGUGAAAAACUUCAUUAUACCAUGCGUGGGAAAAAGUCAUUUUCUCUGACACCUGAUCGAUUUGCCAGCUUCGUUGUUAAGGGACGUUGUGAUCUUGAUAAAGAAUUUAAACAGCCAAGACCAAGUGGAGCCGCUGAAUUGGUUUGGAACAUUCUUGAUUUUCAGAAAGAUCAAGACAUUAGGCUUAAAGUUGGCUAUGAAAUCGUUGACAAGAUUCCAUAUGUACAGGUGAGGGAAAAUAAUUGGACAUUUACUGCUGAUGCUAAUGGCAGAUGGAAUGUGAGAUAUAAUCUAUGAAAAAGGUUGCUAGUAUAUCCUUUUGCCUGCUUCAAUUGCAAAAUUGAAGAGAAAAUCAGAUAGUUGGUGUAGGUUUGUAGAAGCCGCUACUGAAAGGACUGAAUUCAGGUUUCUAAAGCAUUCCCAUUCUUAUUAAUUACUACCAAGCUUUUAUCA